AUAUGGAGCUGAGGUCAGACCACACCCCGGGCUCUCUGAUUGGUAGAGAUGGAUAAAGGUGGAGCAGCUGGAAGCGCACUGGACUCACUGGAGAGCAGAGGAGCUGCUGCUGGACACACAGCUGGAGGAGGUGUCGGUGGACCUGCUGCUCUGCAAAACUUACAGCAGCUGAGUGAGCCUCCGUAUGUACAACAACCGGGCAUUAACACCGACGAGACUUCAGUCCUGCUGUGGUUUUUAAGUAGCCUACUUGGAGUCCAAGAUGUGCGUAAAAGGCUCAACCUGCAGUCCUCCCUCCACUGUGCAACUUACCAGCACUUAUCUUCAUGGUGGAUGAGCAGAAUGUUGCUUCCUCUGCGAGCCUCAGAAAAUGAACGCCACCAUGUGUGACCCUGCAGCGACCAUGUUUCACCUGGCGACGGACCACCAACUGAACGCCAGCUGCAACUGCUCCUCGCCCCCUUCCAAUUGGACCGUAGGGGGUGAUGCCCUGCAGCUGCCCACCUUCACCACAGCAGCCAAAGUCAGAGUGAUUAUUACCUGCAUUCUCUGUGGCGUAUCGGCCUUCUGCAACCUGGCUGUGCUGUGGGCGGCACACAGCGAUGGGAAACGCAAAUCCCACGUCAGGGUGUUGAUAAUCAACCUGACGGUGGCUGAUCUGCUGGUGACUUUCAUCGUGAUGCCCGUGGAUGCCGUGUGGAACAUCACAGUCCAGUGGCUCGCUGGGGACUUUGCCUGCAGGCUACUGAUGUUUCUUAAGCUGCAGGCGAUGUACUCCUGCGCCUUUGUCACCGUGGUGAUCAGUCUGGAUAGGCAGUCGGCCAUCCUCAACCCUCUGGCUAUCAGUAAAGCCAGAAAGAGGAACAGAGUCAUGCUGACCGUGGCGUGGGGUAUGAGUGCUGUGCUGUCAGUCCCUCAGUUGUUCCUUUUUCACAAUGUGACCAUCAUCCAUCCCGAGGACUUCACUCAGUGUACCACACGUGGAAGUUUUGUCAUUCACUGGCACGAAACGGCCUACAACAUGUUCACGUUUUCCUGCCUGUUUCUGCUGCCUCUGGUCAUCAUGAUCACCUGCUACACCAGGAUCUUCUGCGAGAUCUCCAAACGACUGAAAAAGGACAACUUGCCUUCCAAUGAAGUGCAUUUGCGGUGUUCGACAAACAACAUCCCCAGAGCUCGGAUGAGAACUCUAAAGAUGAGUAUCGUGAUCGUCUCGUCGUUCAUUAUCUGCUGGACUCCCUAUUACCUGCUGGGCCUGUGGUACUGGUUCCUCCCCAACGACCUGGAGGGGAAGGUCUCCCACUCACUGACCCACAUCCUGUUCAUCUUUGGGCUCGUCAACGCCUGCCUGGACCCACUCAUCUACGGCCUGUUCACCAUCCACUUCCGAAAGGGGCUCCGGAGGUUUUACUGCAACGCCACCAAGGCGUCCGACCUGGACAACAACACUGUUUUAACCGGAUCGUUCUCUUGUGCUGCCAACUCUUUGCCACUGAAACGAGAGGUGAGCCGCGCCAGCCAGGAGAGGUUCAUGCUGUGCAGCGAUGACCACAGCAAAGCAGAUUCGACGUCACCAAGAAGCAGCUUUUUAACAGCAGACAAUGACGCAGAGAGAGAUCCAAACCGGUCCAGCCCUGAGAGCAUCGUAUGA